ACGCUACAGCGAGCAUAUAUUAAUAUACGCGUCCACAUUUGUAUCAAAAAUACCUGAUGAUUUUUAAGGAUGCGCAACCCCCUAAAACAAUUACAUGGUACUGGCCGGGCUUGUACGUUGGUAGCCUGGAAAGUCGUUCGAGAGCUCGACGAGGCUGUAGAGGUAGGCGGGUGAUAGUUGGGUCUGGAACAUAGUGACGUAUCGACCGAGCGGGGUCACGCGGGGUCAUCAAAGUUCAUAGCGUGUUGCGCUCCAGGAAACAACCCGGUGCAUCGUGCACUAGGACUGGGUUGAAUAGGCUUUUUGCUCUCUCCCACCCUCGCACUCAUUGGUCGUAGGGCUAGUUUUUAUUCCAUAAAAACAAAAACAGAACCAAUUUCUAUUGUGCGAAUUAGAAAGAGGGAGAAUAUAAUUCCAAUGGCAUUUCACGUAGUCUACGUAGAUUAUGCUGUGGGAUGCAACUAGGAAAGAAAAAGUGUUACUGGUAUCAGUAAUAUCUUUAAUGAAAAAUCUAAAAAAAUUUUAAUCCAAAGUACAGGGCGCGACGCCAUGUGAAAUUAUCAAAUUAUUCUUCAUGUCUGAUUUUGUUGAUAAAAAUUCUCAUGUAUAUUCUUCAGGAUGAUAGGCGCGAUGCCAGCUGUGGCUGUACGCCACGAGCGUAGAAGACAAGAGAAACGUCUGAAGCGACCCAGUCAGCUUUAUCUUGGAGGUCAAUGGAUGCCACCACCACAAGGUUCACCUCCGACUCCCAGUCCGCAUGGUCACAAUAGCCACCUGGAACCAUUGCCUGAAUUAUAUUUCUGCGGCAAGAUAUCAGGACUUCACGCGGUUGUUGUAUGUCUUCUGCUUGGAGCGGUUGUCCUGGUGGUGGGACUGGUACAGCUGGCACCUGGCGCCACGACCACGGAUCACAGACUGGCCCUUCUUAUAGCUGGCACUACUUUAAUAGUCAUAGGCAUCGUUUUGGCUGCCGUGAGAUGCUACGUGCUACACUGCAUGCCACUUCCAGCUGAGUCACCAGUGGCGACACCAGUUCCAGCGGCGGAUCCGGAAAACGUACCGAGAGGGGCUUUGGAUUUGUUGGCGGGACAUGCGAAUCAACCGGAAGCCGAUGCCUUGAUGCAUACCGUGUACCAUCAUCAUCAUCAUCAUCAUCAUCAUCAUGAUAAUCAAAAGAAGAAGCGCAGUUCUCAGGGUUCCCAUCAAUCGGUCGAGGCCUAACAAAACGCUUUAUCUAAGCAGCAGCAGCAGCAACAGCAAAUGCAUAAAAAAAAAGAAAGAAACAAGACAAUUCAUCUUUCUACCGCACACGGUGCUGAUAGACACGUGAUAAAUGAUUGUGCGGUAGAGUAGGAGGAAAUACGUUUUUCUUUUUCUCUUCCAAUCGCAUGCUGCAGCUGUCGUGCUAGAUCGUGUGUCGUCGUAAGGAAUUACAUAACCUCUGAAACGGACAAAAAUGCCGAAACAAGGAUAUCGGAUGUGCGAGCGUAAUUAUGUAGGCGAUGAAAGUUGAGCGGGAAAUUUGAAUUUCAAAGGGAAUAAAAUUCUUAUAAAAAGUUUUCCAAUUCUCGAAGCACUUUGGGAAAGAGUAAGCCAGGGCACUUGCCCAUAUAAUAUGCUUUCUCAAUGUGCAUGUAAAUUGUACUUGAUCCUUUUAUCUUUUAUAACUUUCUAUAUAUACAUAUAGCUAUACAUAAGUAAACAUACUAUAUAUAUACUGUCUCUCGCUUUUAUCCCAUCAAUUAUUCUUCAUUUUAUUUUCGAUCUCUCUCUUGAUAAACUCUUUUUAUUUUAAUUAAUCGAGAUGAAGGAUGAUUGGCGGGAUGAAGAUGAUAUUAUUAUUAUUAUUAUUAUUAUUAUAAUGACAACAAAUAGUUAGCUUUCUUUCUCGAAUUGCAAUAUGGGACUGCUUUGCGGUUCUAUACUGUUAAAUUGAUUCGUUUAAUGAUUCGAACUCUAAGAAAUUUUGAAAAAAAUUAAUAUUAAUAUUGUCAAAAAUGUCUUUCGCGCACGCGUCUUGGAAGAAUUUCUUUGUUUUUUUUAUACUGUGCAAAUGUCAAUGGAAUCGUAAUUGGAGCGACGAGGACAGAACGAUUGUACUACGAAUCAAAGGAUACCUUUGCGCGUCGAGCAAAAAUAUCUGUCAAAGUACAUACUGUAACAUAUUAUACAUGUAUCAUCCAUUUAUGAAAGAGGCUGUACGCGUCGCGUGUGAUUUUUCGUGCCAAUUUAUUCGCGAGGGAUUCUAAAAGUAGAAACGAAUUUCUAUACUUAAUUUUUUUUGUAAAACAAAUAAUUUCAAAAAUCAGAGGAAAAGAACAGACAAGUCAAAAUUGUUACUCCACGUAUAACCCCAAUACGCAUAUUCAUUUAAAGCCUUGCAUUGAUCCUGGUUACUUUAGAUCGCUCGCAAACACGUGCAAAUAUACAUAUAUAUUAAAUGAGAAUAGGAAAAAAAAAAAAAACGAAAAAAUUAAAAAAACGGGAGAAGAAACAGAACUCAAAGACUUGAACAAAAAAAAAAGAAUUGAAAAUAUACGUCUAACAUUUUCACUCGAAUAACGCGUGUAAUUAUGACUUACAUUAUUGUCGUUACUACGAAUUCAAAAAUAACAAGCGUUACUUUUUCAAAAUCUCUUCGGUACCAACUGGGUACGUAAUAUUGACUUAUACAUAUAUAUAUAUAUCUAUUAUCGUAUGUGUAUUUGCCUCACCUACCUAUACAUAAUAAUACUAUUAAUAAUAUACCUAUACAAAAGCAUUAUAUAUAUAUACUACUUGAGCGAUCUAUUUACACUGAAGUAUUUACAUAUAUAUAUCUAUUUAAUUUUAAAAGUAAUAAACGAUAAGUAACGUCACAAAAAUUUAACAGUGAAUAUAAUAAUAAUAUUUUAGCGCUUGCCUAUACGGGAAGCGUCUUGUGUAAGAUAGAAAAUUAUCAGCAAGCACAAUAUUAUCUGUAACAUACGUAUUAGGUAUAGUGUUCCCAGUAGUGUCCAUAAUGUCAAUAUAAAAGCAUCGUUAUAUAGACUCUAUGUGCACAACUGAUAAACUAUACCUAUAGUGCAUGGGUUACGUGUAAAAUUGCGUAUGCGAAAUUCGCUCGAGAAAAAAAAAAAUAUUGGGCAGGUGCAUUAAGAGGGAGAAUAAAAUUAACCUGAAGUGAAACUGGAAAAACGAAAAAAAAAAAAAAUGGAAAAAAAAAGAAAAUAAAACCGUUUGGGGUCCACUUAAAUUUAUUAAGCGUCAACGUGUGUGUAUAUAUAGAUAUAUACGCACGUAAGAGCGAAUAGUAUAAAUAACAGAAAGAUUGUAAGGAAUAGUAUAAAAAGUAUUAAGAAACAGAAAGAUGUUAAAAAAUAAAAAUCCAAAAGAUUCUGUAAGCGUUUCGUCCACGCACAAGUGUACGGAUAAGAGAUUGUAAUCUACAAGUGAUCUGCGGAAUGGAAGAUUGUAAUCUACAAAAUUAUCUUUGAUAGCGUAAAGGUGUCUAUUGAUAUUAAUUAUUAACAGGGGGGGGGAUAGAGGAGGAGGGGGGUGAAUAUAUGACGACAUAUGAAAACGUGUGAAUAUUUGAAUGCGCUAUUGCAAGAAAAAAAAAUGCGUCUUCGAAUGACAUUAGAAAAAGUAAACAAAAUUUCAUCCCCUUACCGGCCAACCCAAAAAUAGGCUUUUUUACACGCGUGUAUGCGUAUACUGCCAGGCCUUGAACGAACCGUACGCGUCCGUGCGUAUACGAUCAAAAUGACGUUUACUUAUUUCGAGAAAUAAAUGACCACGUGCGUGGCUGAGAGAGCAAGAUAAAAUUUGGCAAAAAUAAAAAAAAAAAAGUAGACAUAUAGUAAGCGUAAACAGGCCGUAUGGGGGGAUGAUAAUGUUGUUGAGAUAAUAUGAAAAAGAUUUUUUUUUUUUUUUUUUUUCAUUAUUCGCAAGCUUCCUCGAUCGACGAUCGGCAAUGAAAAUGCCGAAUUCGAAAGCCCGGUUCACACGUGACCUCUGUGCGCUCUAAGAGAAACGUAUUAACCCUCUUAACGGUAACGUAAGAUUUACAUAAAUUUGAAAUUUCGAGGCGAAUCUUUCGGGAAAAAAAAAAAAAAA